GAACGCUUCGACGUAAUUUUCACUUCCAUCCUCCGAACCCUUCCACGAUUUCGACUCCAUCCACAACCAUCUCAGAUCCAUGGCUUUGCAAAGUCCUGCUAAACUUGUAGAGCAGGCCAAGUCCAUAUCAGAAGACAAUUAUGAAUUCGUCACAGAAAAUUUAACACAAGAUGUGGGAAAUGAUGUUGUUGUUGCUUCUGAAGAGGGUGAAGAAUUUCCUCGAAAACGGAGACCGGGCUUAGGCCUCAAUCGUGCACGUCCACGUUUCUCGCUGAAGCCAACCAAAAAGCCCUCUGUUGAGGAUUUGUUACCAAUUCUGGACCUAAAAGCCCUGAAAGAUCCCGUGGAAUUCUUCGCAGCCCAUGAGAAGAGGGAAAAUGCAAAAAGAGAAAUACAGAAACAGUUGGGUUUCCUGCCAUCUGAGCUUAAUCAGGAUUCCAAUAAACCACGUGAACGUCGACCUGGACUUCCCGGGCUUAAUCGAAGGCCAAUUAGAUACAGACAUAGGUCUUCAACAAUAACUUUGGACAAUAAUGAUGAUGUCCUAUCCUCCCAAGAGGCAUUUGAAUCUGACAGCAUUAACCCUGUUAAUGAUAACACUGACAAAGACAAAGCUUCUCUUGCAUCAUUGGAUACUGAAGUAACUGCAGGUUCAUCAGCUAUUCAAGAGAAAGAGGUCAAUGAUGUAUUGCAGGGAUUGCUUUCUUGUAAUUCUGAAGACCUAGAGGGGGAUGGAGCAAUGAAUCUUUUGCAGGAGAGGUUACAGAUCAAACCCAUUGUUCCUGAGAUAUUAUCAGUUCCAGACUUCCCAGAUUACCAACCAAUUGAUCUGAAAUUAUUGCGAGGGAAUUUGUCGAAGCCAAGAAAGGCAUUAUCCGAUGUAGAUAAUUUGUUGAAAGGAAUCAAUAUUAAGACACCGCUUAGACGAGAUGCAGGAUGCAUUGAGAAGCAAUUAGCUUCACCCACUCCACCAAGAAGUCCAUUUGCUUCAUUGUUAUCAUUGCAGAAGCACAUUUCACAGUCAAAGCCAUCAGUGGAUCCAUUUGCUACUCAUGAAAUUGAUCAUGUAUCUACAAGAAACUAUUCACCAACUCAUAUGAUACACCAGGAAGUCAAUACUGAUGGCUCUAGCAAGCUGUCAAAUGAGCUGAGUGCACCUAUAAUUGAAGAUGUUAUUGCUGCUGGUGAGACAAAUAAAAUUCUGGACAUUUCUGAAAAUUCCAAGGAAGACAACUCUGGGAAGUCAUCAGAUAAAGUUAAUGCACUCUUAUUUGAAGAUAGAGUUGCAGUUACCGAGACAAGUUCAGUUCAGGUCCCUGUCAUAAAUUGCACCAGUACUCCUCAAAAGUCCAUGGUGGAUAAUUCAAGGGAACCUGAGUUUGAUGCUAAUGUUGACUUGAAUGAACAUCAUGUUGACAUGGAUGUGGAUAUUGGAGGCAGUGGUAUGAGACAAAAGGUUAUGGAUGACACAGAAGGCACGCAAAAUAUUGAGCCAAAUGAACCUUACCAAUUUGAGGACAAAACGCUGGAAGACAAUUCGCAGGAACUUACAGCUUCUAUUUCAACAGACAGUGCGAAUUUCAAUUUGGUGAUUCCACUAGCUGAUCAAUCAAAUCCAGUUGGGUUUCAAGCCAGCUCUAUGAACAAACAGUCUAGAAGAUCAGAUGAUGGUCCAGAACAGUGUUUACAGGAAAAGACAGUUGGUUCUGUGGCACCUGUUAAUGGACAAAAGAGAGUUAAAUUACGUGUGCAAAAAGAGUCCAAGGGUAAGAAGAAACUUGUGCAGAGGAAAAGCCUUGCAGAUGCUGGCACAUCAUGGGAGUCUGGAGUAAGGAGAAGCACCAGGUUCAGGACAAGGCCUUUGGAGUAUUGGAAAGGGGAAAGAAUGGUGUAUGGUCGUGUACACCAGAGUUUGACUACUGUCAUCGGCGUGAAGUGCAUGUCUCCAGGAAGUGAUGGAAAACCGACUAUGAAGGUGAAAUCAUUUGUAUCGGAUAAAUACAAAGAGCUUUUUGAGAUAGCUUCUCUACAUUGAAAGUGAAAACAGCUUUAGGUUCUUCUUGAAUGUCUUGUCUUUAGACUUUUAAUGGAUUGACAUGUAAAAAGUGUUUAUUAUGGAAGUAAAAAGUGUUCUUUCAUUGAAUGAAGUGAUACUUAUAUACA